AUGGGCGACCUCCGUGUUGUCACGCAGUUGAUUGAAACUCUUGACCCAGAAGAUAGCACUGGAUCCAUCCAACGUGUGCAAGAGUCGUACAACGUAUGGCGAGGAAGGGAUUCAAAUGAUAACAUUAUGGCCCUGGAAGAGCGUCUCCGUGAGAACCGCAUGAAUGUGCCGACUCAGGUGGAUGUGAAAGCGCUCACGGAGGAAAGUAUUUUCGACAUGCUUGACAACCUUCCGACAGAAAGCGAAGGGCUGGAAGACAAUGAACCUACGCUUAACCACGUUCCCUCGUACCUGCCUGAUGCUCUAAUUCCCAUGUAUGAUCAGGCCGUGGCAUGGCUCGUCAAUAUGCUGGUAAGGCUCGAUAUGAUCAAACCAUCGCAAGCACGCUCAUCUGCGUGGGCAUCUGCAGGGCUCGAUGCAGCUGAAGAGAAGCACAGAGAAAGCAAAGAAGAAGUUGAUCGGAUCCAUGAGGAGAUCGAAUCGUUAGAACGAUCUUUGAGUGAGCGCACCGAUAAGUACGGGCGCGAGGACGAGUUUUUCGCGAUUCAAGACAAGUGUGUCACAAAAGACAUGGGCGCUUACACUUACGAACUUUGCUUCGGUGGAAAAGCUAGUCAAAUCUCCAAUAACGAUGGCUUCCGAUUCAAUCUCGGCUCCUUCCAGCGCUUUGAUGUGGACAAGAAAUAUAAUGAGACAGAUGAUCGUCAUUACUUGUCAAUGCUGUAUGCCAAUGGCCAAAUGUGCUGGAAUGGACCACCGCGAAGCUCGCGAAUAACGCUGGAGUGCGGUGACGAUGAUGCCCUUUUGCAUGUGUUCGAAGCAGAAAAAUGCACGUACUCUAUGCGCGCUCAAACGCCGGCCGUGUGUUUCCCACGUGCCACAGCCGAUGACGACGAGUCCUUCAACCACGAAUACUUUGUGCAUGAUGAGCUGUAA